UGUUUUGCUCUGUUUCAUUGGCCAUUAUCUGUUGCAGUCCACAAAUCAUGACAGGAUGCUUUCAUACCAUUACUAACUUCAUAAAGAGUGUUAUGAUUUUAUGGCCGAAGUUUCCAGAUGCUUUGGUGCAUCGUAUAUUUUUUGUGAUGCAAGCCUACUUAACAAAUGGAUGGAGGCUAAGCUUCACUCAUGCUGCGGGAAUCAUGAAUUUUUGGGAGGGAAUGAGCCUCAUUUUGCCACUAUUUCUCCAAUUCCUGGCUGAUACAUUUCUCGGAAAUCUUGUUGUGGCUUCGUUUUCUACUUUAUUCUCUUUCACAGGAAUCGGAAUGGUUGCUCUCUCGGUGCCUAGAAUCCUGGACCAUCACGGCGGGAGGUGCCCAAGUGUGGAGGCGGAGUCGUGCGUGAACCAUACGCAAGUAGCUCUCUUCUUCACAGGAAUGGUGCUAAUCGCUAUUGGAAGAGCCGGCAUUAGUUUCUCCUUGGAUGCCUUACACGACGAACAGAAUGCAGAUUCUAACUGCUUGAAGACAUGCUUUACGAAAUGGAUGGAUUGUGCGGUUUGUACUGAUAAGUAUUGCAUACACUUAGUUGGAUCGCUUCUCAUCUUUAUAUGUAUAAAAAAAUGGAAACUUCUGUUUGGGAUCCCAGCAGUUUACAGUGCCUAUAUGGGCGUUUCGUUUCUUUGUGGAACUUGUUGCUAUGUACGUUCUAAACCCAAGGGAAGUCCGAUAACCACCACUUGCAGAGUUAUAUACGCAGCCGCUACUUCCAACAAUAAAUCUCAGCAAAGGCCCGAUGUUCGCAAGCCUUCCAUUGCGAUCGAUCGUUUUCCAAGGUGUUUGAAUCGGGUUUUGGCGUUAGAAGGCGAGAAACCUGAUAAUGUGAGGAGGUUUGAGCAAGAGAGAGUGGAAAUAGCAGGAUUCAUUGUCCGAAUGGUUCCUAUAUCGAUGACAUUCCUGGUGUGUGGGAUGGUAUCAUCGAUUGGAAACACGUACUUUGUGGAGCAAGCCAACCACAUGAACCGUAAGGUGGGGAGUUGGAACGUUCCGCUCCUAGCCCUGCAACUGCCUGUGAUAUUUUUCAAGUUUUUCCACGACAUGUGGCUCUCCUUGUUUUUCAAAUGCAGUAAAAAUAAGCUUUCCUUCGCGAUUACUGGGAUCGCAUCAGCCAUGUUUUACUCGGUCGUAUGCUGCAUAACUGCUGCAGGAAUGGAGAUGAAGAGGCUGAAGGUGAUCAGAAAGUAUGGUCUGUUGGACAAGCCAGAUGAUGAAGUGAUACCGAUGCAUGCAGCGUGGCUGCUGUUGCAGUUCUUCCUCCUCGCAGGGCUGGAUUCGUUUCUUCGAACGAGCAUCCUUGAAUUUUACAAAGGUUGUGCUCCCGAACACUUGCAAAUAAGACUACGCGAUGAAAAUGGAAAUGACGGGAGGGCUUUGGGGAGGUACUUAGAUGUUGCGGUUGAUUUUGUGAGCGGGCUGGGAUUCUUGUGGAGUGUGCUUUCAGUUUAUAUCGUCGGAAAAUUAAGUAAUUGGUUUAAGUAUACGUUGAACCGGAGUCGCCUGGACCGGUACUAUUGGUUGUUGGCAGGUUUGAGUGCUGUGAAUCUGCUUGUGUUCACUGUGGUUGCUUCGGUGUACAAGAGUAAGGAGAAUACUAAUAGAAAUAGAGGAUAAAUUGCUAAUGUUAAAUGUGAUGGAUUCGACUCUUUAUUUCUUGUUAGUCUUGUACU